CACUGCAACCCUCGCCAUCUACCAGAGCUCCAAUCUCGAGCACAACAGACACACAUCAUGGCAGAUACACUACCGAUCAAGGUCACAUACUGUGGAGUAUGCACACUACCACCAGAAUACUGCGAAUUCGGUGGCACGACCAAGAAGUGUGAAGAAUGGUUAGCGGACAAGCACCCGGACAUGCACCAGAAGCUAUACUCGCAAGAAGCACUAGCCCAAAACCUCUCCUCCCUCUCCGUCGAAGCACAAAAGCGCGCCGAGAAAGAUGCCGUAAAGAAAGCCAACAAGGCCGCCACCGCCGAAAAACGCGAAGCCGAAACGCGCGCCUCGUCAAAGAUAAUAAUCAAGCGCAUCGAGCGCAACAAGCGCAAAUACGUCACCGCCGUCUCCGGGCUGGAGGCCUUCGGUCUGGACAUCAAGAAGGUGUCCAAGGAUUUCGGCAAGAAGUUUGCUACGGGCGCCAGUGUGACCAAGCUGCCGGGUGGCGGCGAGGAGAUUACUGUGCAGGGCGAUUUGAGUGAGGAUAUCGAGGAGUUUCUGGUGAAGACGUAUAAGGAGGUGCCUGAGGACAAUAUUGAGUUGGUUGAGGAUAAGAAGAAGACGAAGGGAGAGAAGGCGGCGGCGAAUGUGCCUGCGCAAUGAGGGGUUGAGGUGAUAUUGAGUGGUGUUUGAGCGGCUGUGGCGAUGAAAGAGCAUGGGCGACGUGGAGUAUAGGGUGUUGGGGACGAAGAGUGUGAUGGCGAAAAGGCGAUUGGCGCAGAGGGACAAGACUGUAGCAAUUGUACAGCUGUACAUCGGUCAGAGGGACGACUCAUAGAUAGUUGGGAGAUUCGUCACAAUGC